GAGCGGAGUGUCGGCGGCAGCCGGUUUGGGAGGCGACUCGCGCUUCUUCGGGCGGCGGCGCUUGGCCAUGUCGUGUCGGGGAAGGUAAUGAGCCGCAGAGCCCCGGGGUCUCGGCUGAGCAGCGGCGGCGGCGGCGGCACCAAGUACCCGCGGAGCUGGAAUGACUGGCAACCCAGAUUGACUUGAUGCAAAACAUCACAAAGGCUCCAUAUUAUACAGUAUGCGAUUUUUGAGAACUGAUAGUGCAUCAGCCGAACCAGAUAAUUUAAAAUACUCUUCAUCUAGAGAUAGGGGUGGUUCUUCUUAUGGACUGCAACCUUCAAAUUCAGCUGUGGUGUCUCGGCAAAGGCAUGAUGAUACCAGAGUCCAUGCUGACAUACAGAAUGACGAAAAGGGUGGCUACAGUGUCAAUGGAGGAUCUGGGGAAAAUACUUAUGGUCGGAAGUCGUUGGGGCAAGAGCUGAGGGUUAACAAUGUGACCAGCCCUGAGUUCACCAGUGUUCAGCAUGGCAGUCGUGCAUUAGCCACCAAAGACAUGAGGAAAUCACAGGAGCGAUCGAUGUCUUAUUCAGAUGAGUCUCGACUGUCAAAUCUUCUUCGGAGGAUCACCCGGGAAGACGACAGAGACCGAAGACUGGCUACUGUAAAGCAGUUGAAAGAAUUUAUUCAGCAACCAGAAAAUAAGCUGGUACUAGUUAAACAGUUGGAUAAUAUCUUGGCUGCUGUACAUGAUGUGCUUAAUGAAAGUAGCAAAUUGCUUCAGGAGUUGAGACAAGAGGGAGCUUGCUGUCUUGGCCUUCUUUGUGCUUCUCUGAGCUAUGAGGCUGAGAAGAUCUUCAAAUGGAUUUUUAGCAAAUUUAGUUCAUCUGCAAAAGAUGAAGUUAAACUCCUCUACUUAUGUGCCACCUACAAAGCACUAGAGACUGUAGGAGAAAAGAAAGCCUUUUCAUCUGUUAUGCAGCUUGUAAUGACCAGCCUACAGUCUAUUCUUGAGAAUGUGGAUACGCCGGAAUUACUUUGCAAAUGUGUUAAGUGCAUUCUUCUAGUGGCUCGAUGUUACCCUCAUAUUUUCAGCACUAAUUUUAGGGAUACGGUUGAUAUAUUAGUGGGAUGGCACAUAGAUCAUACUCAGAAACCUUCACUCACACAGCAGGUGUCUGGGUGGUUGCAGAGCUUGGAGCCAUUUUGGGUGGCUGACCUUGCAUUUUCUACCACUCUUCUUGGUCAGUUCCUAGAAGACAUGGAGGCAUAUGCUGAGGACCUCAGCCAUGUGGCCUCUGGGGAAUCAGUGGAUGAAGAUGUUCCACCUCCAUCUGUGUCAUUACCAAAGCUGGCAGCACUUCUCCGAGUAUUCAGUACUGUGGUGAGGAGUAUUGGGGAACGCUUCAGCCCAAUCCGGGGCCCUCCAAUUACUGAGGCAUAUGUAACUGAUGUUCUAUACAGAGUAAUGAGAUGUGUGACGGCUGCAAACCAAGUAUUUUUUUCUGAGGCUGUGUUGACAGCUGCUAAUGAGUGUGUUGGUGUUUUGCUCGGCAGCUUGGAUCCUAGCAUGACUAUACAUUGUGACAUGGUCAUUACAUAUGGAUUAGACCAACUGGAGAAUUGCCAGACUUGUGGUACCGAUUAUAUCAUCUCAGUCUUGAAUUUACUCACAUUGAUUGUUGAACAGAUAAAUACAAAACUGCCAUCAUCAUUUGUAGAAAAACUAUUUAUCCCAUCUUCUAAACUACUAUUUUUACGUUAUCAUAAAGAAAAAGAGGUGGUUGCUGUAGCUCAUGCUGUUUAUCAAGCAGUGCUCAGCCUGAAGAAUAUUCCUGUUUUGGAGACUGCCUAUAAACUAAUUUUGGGAGAAAUGACUUGUGCCCUAAAUAAUCUGCUACAUAGUCUACAACUUUCUGAUGCCUGUUCUGAGAUAAAACAUGAGGCUUUUAAGAAUCAUGUAUUCAAUGUAGAUAAUGCAAAAUUUGUAGUUAUAUUUGACCUCAGUGCUCUGACUACAAUUGGAAAUGCCAAAAACUCAUUAAUUGGGAUGUGGGCAUUAUCUCCAACUGUCUUUGCCCUUCUGAGUAAGAAUCUGAUGAUUGUGCAUGGUGACCUGGCUGUUCACUUCCCUGCCAUUCAGUAUGCAGUGCUCUACACGUUGUAUUCCCAUUGUACCAGGCAUGAUCACUUCAUCUCUAGUAGUCUUAGUUCUUCGUCCCCUUCUUUAUUUGAUGGAGCUGUGAUUAGUACUGUGACUACAGCUACAAAGAAACAUUUCUCAAUUAUAUUAAAUCUUCUGGGAAUAUUGCUGAAGAAAGAUAACCUUAACCAGGAUACCAGGAAACUGUUAAUGACCUGGGCUUUGGAAGUGGCUGUUUUAAUGAAGAAGUCUGAAACAUAUGCACCUUUAUUCUCUCUUCCAUCUUUUCAUAAAUUUGCCAAAGGCCUGUUAGCCAACACUCUUGUUGAAGAUGUGAAUAUCUGCCUGCAAGCAUGCAGCAGCCUACAUGCUCUGUCUUCUUCCUUGCCAGAUGAUCUUUUACAGAGGUGUGUUGAUGUUUGUCGUGUUCAGCUAGUUCAUAGUGGAACUCGCAUUCGACAAGCCUUUGGAAAACUGUUGAAGUCAAUUCCAUUGGAUAUUGUCCUAAGCAAUAACAAUCACACAGAAAUUCAAGAAAUCUCUUUAGCAUUACGAAGUCACAUGAGUAAAGCACCAAGUAAUACAUUUCACCCACAAGAUUUCUCUGAUGUUAUUAGUUUUAUUUUGUAUGGAAAUUCUCAUAGAACAGGGAAGGACAAUUGGUUAGAAAGAUUGUUCUAUAGCUGCCAGAGACUGGAUAAGCGUGACCAAUCAACCAUUCCCCGCAAUCUUCUAAAGACAGAUGCUGUCCUUUGGCAGUGGGCUAUUUGGGAAGCAGCACAGUUCACUGUCCUUUCUAAAUUGAGAACCCCAUUAGGCAGAGCUCAAGAUACAUUCCAGACGAUUGAAGGUAUCAUUAGAAGUCUUGCUGCUCACACAUUAAACCCUGAUCAAGAUGUUAGUCAAUGGACAACCGCAGAAAAUGAUGAAGGCCAUAGUAGCAACCAACUUAGACUUGUUCUUCUUCUACAGUAUUUGGAAAAUCUGGAGAAAUUAAUGUAUAAUGCAUAUGAAGGAUGUGCUAACGCAUUAACGUCACCACCCAAGGUCAUAAGGACUUUUUUUUAUACCAAUCGCCAAACUUGUCAAGACUGGUUAACUCGGAUCCGCCUCUCUAUCAUGAGGGUUGGAUUGUUGGCAGGCCAGCCUGCUGUGACAGUAAGACAUGGAUUUGACUUGCUUACAGAAAUGAAGACAAAUAAUGUAUCUCAGGGGAAUGAAUUGGAAGUAACUAUUAUGAUGGUGGUUGAAGCACUUUGUGAACUUCAUUGUCCUGAAGCUAUACAGGGUAUUGCUGUCUGGUCAUCUUCUGUUGUUGGGAAAAGUCUUCUCUGGAUUAACUCUGUGGCCCAGCAGGCUGAAGGAAGAUUUGAAAAAGCCUCUGUGGAAUACCAGGAGCAUCUGUGUGCCAUGACAGGUGUUGAUUGCUGCAUCUCCAGCUUUGAUAAAUCUGUUCUCACAUUAGCCAAUGCUGGGCGUAAUAGUGCCAGUCCCAAACAUUCUGUGAAUGGUGAAUCCAGAAAAACUGUGCUGUCCAAGCCAACAGACUCUUCCCCUGAAGUUAUAAAUUAUUUGGGAAAUAAAGCAUGUGAGUGUUACAUUUCAGUUGCUGAUUGGGCUGCUGUACAGGAGUGGCAGAAUGCUAUUCAUGACUUGAAGAAGACCACCAGUAGUACUUCACUCAACCUGAAAGCUGACUUCAACUAUAUAAAGUCUUUAAGCAGUUUUGAGUCUGGAGAAUUUGUUGAAUGCACUGAACAAUUAGAAUUGCUACCAGGAGAAAAUAUCAAUCUACUUGCUGGAGGAUCAAAAGAUAAAAUAGAUAUGAAAAAACUGCUUCCUAACAUGUUAAGUCCAGAUCCAAGGGAGCUUCAGAAAUCCAUUGAAGUGCAGUUGUUGAGAAGUUCUGUGUGUUUGGCAACUGCUUUAAACCAUGUAGAACAGGAUCAGAAGUGGCAAUCUAUAACUGAAAAUGUGGUAAAGUACUUGAAGCAAACCUCCCGCAUAGCUGUUGGACCCCUGAAGCUUUCUACAUUAACUGUCUCCCAGUCCUUGCCAGUUCUGAGUACCUUACAGCUAUAUUGUUCAUCUGCUUUGGAGAACACAGUUUCUAAUAGGCUUUCAACAGAGGACUGUCUUAUUCCUCUCUUCAGUGAAGCUUUGCGUUCGUGCAAACAGCAUGAUGUGAGGCCUUGGAUGCAGGCCUUAAGGUAUACCAUGUACCAGAAUCAGUUAUUGGAGAAAAUUAAAGAGCAAACAGUCCCAAUUAGAAGUCAUCUCAUGGAGUUAGGUUUAACAGCAGCAAAAUUUGCUAGAAAACGGGGGAAUGUAUCACUUGCAACAAGACUAUUAGCACAGUGCAGUGAUGUUCAGCUGGGAAGAACCACCACUGCCCAGGACUUAGUCCAACAUUUUAAAAAACUGUCAACUCAAGGUCAAGUGGAUGAAAAAUGGGGACCAGAACUUGAUAUUGAAAAAACCAAAUUGCUGUAUACAGCAGGUCAGUCAACGCAUGCAAUGGAAAUGUUGAGUUCUUGUGCCAUAUCUUUCUGUAAGUCUGUGAAAGCAGAGUAUGCAGUUGCUAAGUCAAUUCUUACGCUGGCUAAAUGGAUCCAGGCAGAAUGGAAAGAAAUUUCAGGACAGCUAAAACAAGUUUAUAGAGCUCAGCAACAACAGAACUUCUCAGGCCUUUCUACUUUGUCUAAAAACAUACUCACUUUGGUAGAACUACCAUCUGUUAAUACAACGGAAGAGGAGUAUCCUCGGAUUGAAAGUGAGUCUACAGUACACAUUGGAGUUGGAGAACCGGAUUUCAUUUUGGGGCAGUUAUACCACCUAUCUUCAAUACAAGCACCUGAAGUUGCCAAAUCUUGGGCAGCACUGGCUAGUUGGGCUUAUAGGUGGGGCAGAAAGGUGGUGGACAAUGCCAGUCAGGGAGAAGGUGUUCGUCUAUUGCCACAAGAAAAAUCUGAAGUUCAAAGUCUGCUUCCAGACACUAUAACUGAAGAAGAGAAAGAAAGAAUAUAUGGAAUCCUUGGACAGGCUGUUUGUCGGCCAGCAGGAAUUCAGGAUGAAGAUAUAACACUUCAGAUAACAGAGAAUGAAGAUAAUGAGGAGGAUGACAUGGUUGAUGUUAUCUGGCGUCAGUUAAUAUCAAGCUGUCCAUGGCUUUCAGAACUUGACGAAAGUGCAACUGAAGGAGUUAUUAAAGUGUGGAGGAAGGUUGUAGAUAGAAUCUUCAGCCUGUACAAGCUGUCAUGCAGUGCAUAUUUUACUUUCCUCAAACUUAAUGCUGGUCAAGUUCCUUUAGAUGAGGAUGACCCUAGGCUACAUUUAAGUCACAGAACCGAGCAGAGCACUGAUGAUGUGAUUGUAAUGGCCACAUUGAGGCUGCUCAGGUUGUUGGUGAAGCAUGCUGGUGAGCUCAGGCAGUAUCUAGAGCAUGGAUUGGAGACAACACCUACUGCUCCCUGGAGAGGAAUUAUUCCGCAGCUUUUCUCACGCUUAAACCACCCCGAAGUAUAUGUACGCCAAAGUAUUUGUAACCUUCUCUGUCGUGUGGCUCAAGAUUCUCCGCAUCUCAUAUUGUAUCCGGCAAUAGUGGGAACCAUAUCACUUAGUAGUGAAUCUCAAGCUUCAGGGAAUAAGUUUUCCUCUGCAAUUCCAACUUUACUUGGGAACAUUCAAGGAGAAGAAUUGAUGGUUUCUGAAUGUGAAGGAGGAAGUCCUCCUGCAUCCCAGGAUAGCAAUAAGGAUGAACCAAAAAGUGGAUUAAAUGAAGACCAAGCCAUGAUGCAGGAUUGCUACAGCAAAAUUGUAGAUAAGCUGUCCUCUGCAAAUCCAACUAUGGUGCUACAGGUUCAGAUGCUUGUGGCUGAGCUACGCAGAGUUACUGUUCUCUGGGAUGAACUCUGGCUGGGAGUUUUGUUGCAGCAACAUAUGUAUGUCUUGAGACGAAUUCAGCAGCUUGAAGAUGAAGUGAAAAGAGUCCAAAACAACAAUACCUUACGCAAAGAAGAGAAAAUUGCCAUCAUGCGGGAGAAGCACACAGCUUUAAUGAAGCCAAUUGUGUUUGCUCUGGAGCAUGUGAGGAGUAUCACAGCAGCCCCUGCAGAGACACCUCAUGAAAAGUGGUUUCAGGAUAACUAUGGUGAUGCUAUUGAAAAUGCCCUUGAAAAACUGAAGACUCCAUCUAACCCUGCAAAGCCCGGAAGCAGCUGGAUCCCAUUUAAAGAGAUAAUGCUGAGUUUGCAACAGAGAGCACAGAAACGCACGAGUUACAUAUUGCGUCUUGAAGAAAUCAGUCCAUGGUUGGCUGCCAUGACAAACACUGAAAUUGCUCUUCCUGGAGAAGUCUCAGCCAGAGAUACUGUUACAAUCCACAGUGUGGGCGGAACUAUUACAAUCUUACCAACUAAAACCAAGCCCAAGAAACUUCUCUUUCUAGGAUCAGAUGGGAAGAGCUACCCUUAUCUUUUCAAAGGACUAGAAGAUUUACAUCUGGAUGAGAGAAUAAUGCAGUUCUUAUCUAUUGUGAAUACUAUGUUUGCUACAAUUAAUCGCCAGGAAACACCCCGCUUCCAUGCAAGACACUAUUCUGUUACACCACUGGGAACGAGGUCAGGAUUGAUCCAGUGGGUAGAUGGAGCCACACCCUUAUUUGGUCUUUACAAACGGUGGCAACAGCGGGAGGCUGCGUUACAAGCACAAAAGGCCCAGGAUUCCUACCAAACUCCUCAGAAUCCUGGAAUUGUACCCCGCCCAAGUGAACUUUAUUAUAGUAAAAUUGGUCCUGCUCUGAAAACAGUUGGACUCAGCCUAGAUGUGUCUCGUCGGGAUUGGCCUCUCCAUGUGAUGAAGGCAGUGUUGGAGGAAUUAAUGGAGGCUACACCUCCAAAUCUCCUGGCUAAAGAGCUUUGGUCAUCUUGUACAACACCAGACGAAUGGUGGAGAGUCACACAGUCUUAUGCAAGAUCUACAGCAGUCAUGUCUAUGGUCGGAUACAUAAUUGGCCUUGGAGAUAGACAUCUGGACAAUGUUCUCAUAGAUAUGACAACUGGAGAAGUGGUUCACAUAGAUUAUAAUGUUUGCUUUGAAAAAGGUAAAAGCCUUAGAGUUCCUGAGAAAGUACCAUUUCGAAUGACACAAAACAUUGAAACAGCCCUGGGUGUAACUGGAGUAGAAGGUGUUUUUAGGCUUUCCUGUGAACAGGUUCUACACAUCAUGCGGCGAGGUAGAGAGACUCUGUUGACAUUAUUGGAGGCCUUCGUGUAUGACCCUUUGGUGGACUGGACAGCAGGGGGCGAGGUGGGAUUUGCUGGCGCUGUCUAUGGUGGAGGUGGCCAGCAGGCUGAGAGCAAGCAAAGCAAGCGAGAGAUGGAGCGGGAGAUCACCCGCAGCCUCUUUUCUUCCAGAAUAGCUGAAAUUAAGGUGAACUGGUUUAAGAACAGGGAUGAGAUGCUGGUUGUGCUACCCAAACUGGAUAGCAGCUUAGAUGAAUAUCUAAGCUUGCAGGAGCAACUAACAGAUGUCGAAAAACUGCAGGGAAAACUGUUGGAGGAAAUAGAAUUUCUAGAAGGAGCUGAAGGAGUGGAUCAUCCCUCUCACACUCUGCAGCACAGGUACUCUGAACAUACUCAACUACAGACUCAGCAAAGAGCUGUUCAAGAAGCAAUCCAGGUGAAGCUAAAUGAAUUUGAACAGUGGAUAACACAUUAUCAGGCUGCAUUCAGUAAUUUAGAAGCAACACAGCUUGCAAGCUUGCUUCAGGAGAUAAGCACCCAAAUGGACCUUGGUCCUCCAAGCUAUGUGCCAGCAACAGCCUUUCUUCAGAAUGCUGGGCAAGCCCACUUGAUCAGCCAGUGUGAACAGCUUGAGGGGGAGGUUGGUGCCCUUCUGCAACAGAGGCGCUCAGUGCUCCGGGGCUGUCUGGAACAACUGCACCACUAUGCAACCGUUGCACUGCAGUAUCCAAAAGCCAUAUUUCAGAAACAUCGAAUUGAACAGUGGAAGACCUGGAUGGAGGAGCUCAUCUGUAAUACCACAGUAGAGCGCUGUCAGGAACUUUACAGGAAAUACGAAAUGCAGUAUGCGCCCCAGCCACCACCAACAGUAUGUCAGUUCAUUACUGCCACUGAAAUGACCCUGCAGCGAUAUGCAGCGGACAUAAACAACAGACUUAUUAGACAGGUGGAACGUUUGAAACAAGAAGCUGUCACUGUACCAGUUUGUGAAGAUCAGUUAAAAGAAAUUGAACGUUGCAUUAAAGUAUUCCUUCAUGAAAAUGGAGAAGAAGGAUCUUUGAGUCUAGCAAGUGUCAUUAUUUCUGCCCUCUGUACCCUUACAAGGCGUAACCUGAUGAUGGAAGGAGCAGCUUCGAGUGCUGGAGAACAGCUAGUUGAUCUGACUUCUCGAGAUGGAGCCUGGUUUUUGGAGGAGCUCUGCAGUAUGAGUGGAAAUGUCACGUGCUUGGUUCAGUUACUGAAGCAGUGCCACCUGGUUCCACAGGACUUAGAUAUCCCAAACCCUGUAGAGGCAUCUGAAGCAGUUCACUUAGCCAAUGGAGUGUAUACCUCACUGCAGGAAUUGAAUUCAAAUUUCCGGCAAAUCAUAUUUCCAGAAGCACUUAGAUGUUUAAUGAAAGGGGAAUAUACCUUAGAAAGUAUGCUUCAUGAAUUGGACACUCUCAUUGAGCAGACAACUGAUGGUGUUCCUCUACAAACUCUAGUUGAAUCCCUUCAAGCGUAUUUAAGAAAUGCAGCUAUGGGACUUGAAGAAGAAACACACGCUCAUUAUAUUGAUGUUGCCAGAAUACUGCAUGCUCAAUAUGGCGAAUUAAUCCAGCCAAGAAAUGGUUCAGUUGAUGAAACACCAAAAAUGUCAGCUGGCCAGAUGCUUUUGGUAGCAUUUGAUGGCAUGUUUGCACAAGUUGAAACUGCUUUUGGCUUAUUAGUCGAAAAGUUAAACAAGAUGGAAAUUCCUGUAGCUUGGCGAAAGAUUGACAUCAUACGGGAAGCUAGGAGUACUCAAGUUAAUUUUUUUGAUGAUGACAACCACCGGCAGGUGCUAGAGGAAAUUUUUUUUCUAAAAAGACUACAGACUAUUAAGGAGUUCUUCAGGCUCUGUGGUACCUUUUCUAAAACAUUGUCAGGAUCAAGUUCACUUGAAGAUCAGAAUACAGUGAAUGGACCUGUACAGAUUGUCAAUGUCAAAACUCUUUUUAGAAACUCUUGUUUCAGUGAAGACCAGAUGGCCAAACCUAUCAAGGCCUUCACAGCUGACUUUGUGAGGCAGCUCUUAAUAGGACUCCCCAACCAAGCUCUUGGACUCACCUUGUGCAGCUUUAUUAGUGCCUUGGGUGUUGACAUCAUUGCUCAAGUAGAGGCAAAGGACUUUGGUGCAGAAAGCAAAGUUUCUGUCGAUGAUCUGUGUAAGAAAGCAGUGGAGCACAAUAUCCAGAUUGGGAAGUUCUCUCAGUUGGUCAUGAACAGGGCAACUGUGUUAGCGAGUUCUUACGACACUGCCUGGAAGAAGCAUGACCUAGUGCGUAGGCUGGAAACCAGCAUUUCUUCCUGUAAGACAAGUCUGCAGCGAGUGCAGUUGCAUAUUGCCAUGUUUCAGUGGCAACAUGAAGACCUACUUAUCAGCAGACCACAAGCCAUGUCAGUCACACCUCCCCCUAGGUCUGCUAUCCUAGCCAGCAUGAAAAAGAAACUACAUACUCUGAGUCAGAUUGAAACUUCAAUUGCGUCUGUUCAGGAGAAGCUAGCAGCACUUGAAUCAAGUAUUGAGCAGCGACUCAAGUGGGCUGGUGGUGCCAACCCUGCAUUGGCACCUGUACUGCAAGAUUUUGAAGCAACGAUAGCUGAUAGAAGAAAUCUUGUCCUCAAAGAGAGCCAGAGAGCAAGUCAGGUCACUUUUCUCUGCAGUAAUAUCAUUCAUUUUGAAAGUUUACGAACGAGAACUGCAGAAGCCUUAAACCUAGAUGCUGCUUUAUUUGAACUGAUCAAGCGGUGUCAGCAGAUGUGUUCAUUUGCAUCACAGUUUAACAGUUCAGUCUCUGAGUUAGAGCUUCGUUUAUUACAGAGAGUGGAUACCAAUCUUGAACAUCCUAUUGGCAGUUCUGAGUGGCUUCUGUCAGCACACAAACAGUUGACCCAAGAUAUGUCUACUCAGAGGACAAUUCAGACAGAGAAAGAACAACAGAUAGAAACAGUCUGUGAAACAAUCCAGAAUCUGGUUGAUAAUAUAAAGACUGUGCUCACUGGUCAUAAUCGACAGCUAGGAGAUGUCAAACAUCUCCUGAAAGCAAUGGCUAAGGAUGAAGAAGCUGCUCUGGCAGAUGGUGAAGAUGUUCCCUAUGAGAACAGUGUUAGGCAGUUCUUGGGUGAAUAUAAAUCAUGGCAAGACAACAUUCAGACAGUUCUGUUUACAUUAGUCCAGGCUAUGGGUCAGGUUCGAAGUCAAGAACAUGUUGAAAUGCUCCAGGAAAUCACUCCUACCUUGAAAGAACUGAAAACACAAAGUCAGAGUAUCUAUAAUAAUUUAGUGAGUUUUGCAUCACCGUUAGUUACCGAUGCAACAAAUGAGUGUUCGAGUCCAACGUCGUCUGCUACCUAUCAGCCUUCCUUUGCUGCAGCAGUCCGGAGCAACACAGGCCAGAAGACUCAGCCUGAUGUCAUGUCACAGAAUGCUAAAAAGCUGAUUCAGAAAAAUCUUGCUACAUCGGCAGAUACUCCACCAAGCACCAUCCCAGGAACUGGCAAGAACGUUGCUUGUAGUCCUAAAAAGGCUGUCAGAGAUCCUAAAACUGGGAAAGCUGUGCAAGAGAGAAAUUCAUAUGCAGUGAGUGUGUGGAAGAGAGUGAAAGCCAAGUUAGAAGGCCGAGAUGUUGAUCCCAACAGGCGGAUGUCAGUUGCUGAACAGGUUGACUAUGUCAUUAAAGAAGCGACUAAUCUAGAUAACUUGGCUCAGCUCUAUGAAGGUUGGACAGCCUGGGUGUGAAUGGCAAGACAGUAGAUGAGUCUGGUUAAGUGAGGUCAGACAUCACCAGAAUCAACUCAGCCUCAGGCAUCCAAAGCCACACCACAGUCGGUGGUGAUGCAACUGGGGGCUUACUCUGAGGAAACCUAGGAAAUCUCGGUGCACUAGGAAGUGAAUCCUGCAGGACAGCUGCACUCAGGGAUACGCCCUACACCAUGGCCUGCAACCCCAGGGUCACGGGAAAAGAAAGCAAGCUCACCGCCUGAACACGGAGAUUGUCUUUCUGCCACAGAACAGCAGCAAACGUGUCAGGAGGUUAGCUGAGAAGGAAAUCGGGAUGCGCGGAACACAGAGUGAUUUGGAACUCCAUUCCACCUGACCCUGUGUGUACGAUCCAGGAAAAACAAAUCCCGCUCAGAAACAGAGAAAAAUGGGGCCGCGAAGAAAUCAUAGCCAAGGAAGAUAAGUUUGCAUUCAGAUGCUCGUAAAACACUUGUUGCUUGGCAACAGUACUGGUUGGGUUGACCAGUAAGUACAAAAAGGCUAUGUGAUACAAAUUUCAGAUACGGACUGAAAAUGGAGAGCUUUGUAACAGAUACACUACAUUGGAAGAACUUCUGUAAUGAAGGGAAAAAAAACACCCCAUCAGUCCCUGCUCCUCCCAGCCACUUCCCCUCUCCUAUUCACCUAAUCUAGUGGAUUAGCCAUCUUUCAGAUUCACUUUUAUUUCAAUCCUUGUAUUUUGUAUACUUCCAACUCAGUGCUGUUAACUUGUAUUUGGAGAGAGAAACAGGAAUUCCUCCAAAACUACUGAUAACAUGGGAAAUUCAAGGAUUGUUAAAAGGUGUGAGGAUCAUAUACAAAAUGUAAUUCUGAUUAUUUGAGUCAUUUCUGUGAUUCUAUCAUGUACAGUUUCCAGAAUUGUCACUGUGCAUUCAAAAGUAAUGAAUCUUAUAGACAUUUGAUUUAUGUACACUCCCCUUUUCUUAUAGUGUACAUUUUUUGGAGGUCAUCAAAUUUUCCCUCUUCUGUGAUUGCUGUAGUUUUUUUUUUUUCAUAGAAAGUAGCUAAUCCGAUGUAAUCUUUUACCUUUUAAAAAACCAGGAUAGAGUACCUAUUAGAGUUUUACAUUGUUGGCUACAGAUUAACAAUAAAGUGAUGUUCUGGUGGAGGUAGAGUGAAUUGUUUAAUUCAGUUUCCUUAUUUGAUACUUUUAAUUUACAGUUUGUAAAUUAAAAGUGCUUUAGUUUGCUUGGCCAUUUCAGAACAUGUACAUGAAACAUUAACAAAAGUAAAAACCACCAACAACUUUUAUUAAGUUAUUAGUCUGUGGAAUGCUUUAUUUUUGCAUAAUUUUAAUAGCUUGCUAUUCAGUGAUACAGUAUAAUGAAUUCAUGAUCAAGUUUCCUUAAAUUCAGUAUUGCAUUUCAGUACUGACUGAACUAAAUUGUUGAUCUAAAAUUAAAGUGCAGACUAGGAUUCUUAAAAUCACGCAUCAACACAAAAUAGGACAUGAUUUAAAUCUUUAAUUUUUUGAAUAUUUUCCUUGCAUUUUACAAGUUGUGACAGGGGUUGCUUUCUACUUGCCAGUCUUUACAGACAAAUUUGAAAGGUACUAAGGAAAAAUUCCACACAGCUCUCUGGUCCUUUUCUGUAUUGUGAUUGCCACAUUAAUUUGUAAUCUUUACCCAGGAGAAGAUAAAUUUCAGUACCAGUGCUUUAAACAAGUAUUGAUAGAAAGGUGGUAUUUUUUGAAUACCUGUGACUAAAAACAAGGAAACUAGCACAUCAAAUUUUAUUUUCUUGAUUGAUUCUGAGUCUUAUUUUCACAGUCAAAACAACUUUGCUGAAAUAAUACUGUAUUUAUUUUGCAUGCUGCUUUAUUUCCUAGAGACUUUAGGACCUCCUGCACUGAUUAACUGAUCAUCUCAGCUUUUUGAAAAUUAGUCUUUGCAGCAACAUUCUUGUCACCAGGAACCACUUAUCAUGAUGAUAAAACGAGUUCACAUUUGUCCCUAUAGAUAGUAUUUUGAAUUUUUUCUACUUGGGUAAAGAAAGUAAAAAAGAUAGUUGGAUUUUAUUGCAUUUGGGUUUCAGGCUUCAGAAGUACCUGGAACCUUACUCCAGCAAAACAAAAUUAAAAAAAAAAAAAAAAAAAAACUACGACAGCUUUAUUUCAUAAAACAUGUGCCUCUUAUAAGUAACUCAUCACUUUUAUUUUAAAACGGUCCUUCAAAGAACAGUAUGGCAUAUGUGAUAAUGUGUUAGGUUGUAGGAUAGAUCUGAGUACUUGAUAACUUCAAAGCUGGCUCUUCACUGACUCUGGACAAGUCCCUAGUCUGUAUAGUUUGGCUUCCUCUGUAAUGUCAUUCUGCAAGUAGCCUUGCCAGUUUAAAUUUCUGUAAGAAAUCUUCUAUAAGACAGGGCUAUAUUUUGGUGAUUAUCUUGUAAAAUAAAGUCAAGAGUGCUAUAGUUUUGAAGUCAUACCUUUUUUUUUUUAAAUGACAAAAUACCUGUGGAGAACCAGGGGUCCUCAGUCUCUGUCUCAUUUAUGGGGUACAGAAUAACCUACAAAGCACCUCUUCUAUUUAAAGUACCCUUGGAAAUUGAAGUUUAUCUUAAGUGUUUUGUUGUCUUUGCUAGGAUUGCCAGAUAUUUAGUUGGGUUUUCUGCAAUUCUGCGACAGCCUAGUAGUUUAUGGAGCUUUCUCUUUUACUGUUUCUUUGGUGUGUCUUAAAAUUUCUCUGUUUCUGGUCACGAGUUCAUAACAUAGAUUGUUGAGUGAUUAAGAUUCUUUUGUGUCUGACCCUUGUGAGUUGUUUUGAGAUACGUGGGAUUUCUGUGUGAGAGCUAAUAAUCAGGCUGUUAAUCUGCUUCCCUGACUUGCUUUCUUAGCGGCUUUACAUGCAAGGUUCAGAGUAAGGGUCUGUAACACAAGGAAAACUUCUAUCACUUCUGUCCUUAACAUUUACCUCUAUUAUCUAAGUUUAGUAAGUAGGUUUCUUAUUUUGCCCAGUGUUUGGUGUUACCUGCGUUAUAUUUUGUUUUUUAACUGUGGUUGUUCUGAUGUGUGAAAUUUAAGGAAAGAGCCAUUUUAAAAAUGCCAAGCAGGGCAAUGCAAGUACAGCCAAAUAUUAGAGUUUGAUGUGCAAUCUUAGGUCCUUUUUAAUAUGGGGUAUUAAUAGGCAGUACUUCAAAUCAAAAAGUCUUCCUGGCCUAUUUUCUUCUAUGUUUUGUAAUUAUUCUGGGGGCUUACUUGUUUGGCAGUACUAAAAUCAAAGGAGCUGGUUCUUCUUUUUUUCCAAAUUCUUUUCAUAUUAAUGAAAGCACCCACAGCUAGCCUGUUACUCCUAUUCUAUACAUCAAAUACCAAUAAAUGCAUUGCUGUGAGCACAUUUGAGCAUCUUUGUUUUAUGUAAAUUUAUGAGUAUGAAAAAAACCAGUGUUCCAUUUUAUAUCUUGUUGAGCUUAUAAAAUGACAGUUAUUUAGAAUUAGGACCCCUCACACACGUAAGUGCACACACACACACACACAAAUCACGAAGGUAGAAAUACUAAUGCAAGGGUUACCUCAAGGAGGUGGAUUUUGUUUUCAGUUAUUUGGGUUGUAUUAGAUUCCUCCUAUAGGGAAAUACUAGCAAAGUUUUCUAAAUGUUGGGAAGGGAAAAUUCAUUGUAUUAUGAAAACCUGAGGGUUGCUGCAUUUUUCCUGCUUCUUGACCUGGAUAGGAGUGUCAUUCUUACUUACAAAAAGGCAAACUGACUGAGAGAAGAUUUUGGAUUCAAGGGUUAGUUAUAAAGCAGUCACUUAGGGUCCCUUUCUUUCCAUGGGAAUUUGUUUGGGCUUACUAAGGAAAAAAAAACAAAACAAAACAAAAAAAAAACCGUUGCACUGAUAUAAAAACUCUUAGCUCGAUUUUUAAAGAUGGCAAACAAUUGCAUGUUGUUCUGAAAUGCAGACUUUAGAAUGUUUUUUCUUUCAAAACAGGCUAAUUAAAUAUAGUGUUUCCUAGUGUUUUUCUUUUCCUGAUAGUCAAAAUUUCAGCUCCUCUUUAAAGUUAUUAUGUCAUUUACUUUUCUGGCUUAAAUUUCUCUUACAUUUCCACCUGUGAUGUCAGUGGCAAUGACAUACAUAAGUCACAUGUUAAUUUAGUUUUUACCCUUAUUAUAAGAGCAAGUUGAGUUAAACUGAAUCUUCCUUGUCCUAGUAACAUUGUAUAAAUAGUGGAUUCUCUGUACAAAAGGUUGUAAUGACUCCUGAUGGAUAUAAUUUUGUGAUUGUAUUUAAAAGUUGAAUAAAUCACACCAGCUUCCUGAAAAUGUUCAUAAUGCAUCUUUUGGAAAUCAAAAAUACAUGACUACUUUCUCAUAUUUGCAUUAACAUGGCGAAGAUUGUAUGGAAUACCUGUUUUUCAAAAAAAAUAAAGGUUCAGUCUUAAAAGAGAUAGCA